UGGUGAAGACGGAGGGGAGAGAUUUCUGUGCUACUGUUUGGUCCUCGAGGGGAGGAGCCAGUUGUCAAUCGUACGCUGCAAAGAGACGGCGUCGCACAGGGAGGUCUGGUCAGAACUCAACCCAUGGACAAAGACCCCUGAAGAGGGAAAAGCACUGCUGACAGAAGAAAUCAUCAAAAAUGAUAAUGGCCAGUCUGCAAGUUAAAGACUGAUCUUACGCCGUGUGAACUGCAGUGGAAGUGGAGGAAGAAUACAGACUGAAAAGAGACAAAGUACACCACAUGAUCAGACCUCGGACUGACUCCAAAUUAGCAAUGUUCCCCACAGGCAGGGAUUACCUUCUCUACAUCGUCUUCCUCUCCAUCACUCCCACUCUUCCUCCCUCAUGCAGCAAAAUAGCCAACCAAGAUUUUGAGCUGUGAGAGCUCUCACCGUGUUUCACCCACCCACACACAAGUUAAACAUACACAUACACACAUUUGAGCUUCUGCAUCCUGCUCAUGGUCGUUGGCCUGCCCCCCUCAGCUGCUGCUCUUAGACCAUGAAGAGGCCCAAGCAGCAGACGGGGCCGUUGAGCUUCCUAAACUUCUUCAGUCGCAAGCCCAAAUCAGAGCCAAAGCCCGAGAGACCUGUGGAAGCUUGGGCCAAAGAGGAGGUGGCUAUAACCCUGACUCCAAGUGGGCAUCCAGAGCAGGAUCCCAGCGUCAGAGCAGAAGAUGCUGAAGAAACAAGGCUUUCUGGAGCUGAAGGAAAAGAAGGAGGAGGCUCCCCAGCAGCAGCUAAAGUGGGCGAGAGCGGGACUGCCACUGGAGAGUGUGUGGGUGGGGUCAGCAGCGGCUCCACCGGCGUCUUGUCCCUCUCCUCCUCCAGCCAGGAUCAGCUAUUGGAGGAACACCUGGAAGAGUGCCCACUGUGCCUACUCAGUCAACCACGUUGCCACUUCCCACGACUCACCUCCUGUUCCCACAGGGCAUGCUCUGACUGCCUUCGCCAGUACCUGCGCAUUGAGAUAUCGGAGAGCAGGGUCUGCAUCGCAUGCCCACAGUGCUCUGAGACACUGGCACCGCUGGAUGUACGUGCCAUUCUGGAUGACCAGGCACUGCUGGAGAGGUUUGAGGAAUAUCAGCUGAGACGUUUUCUGGCUGCUGAUCCAGACACACGCUGGUGUCCUGCACCUGACUGCAGCUAUGCAGUGAUAGCUUAUGGCUGUGCAGAGUGUCCGAAGCUGAGCUGUGGCCGUGAGGGUUGUGACACAGAGUUCUGCUACCACUGUCGGCAGCUGUGGCACCCUAACCAGACGUGUGACCAGGCCCGGCGUCAGCGAGCCCGCCACACUUCGGGCGGUAAUGAUACCUCCUCAUUGUAUGUCUUCAAUGAAGAACCUGGAGGAGAUGCAGAGGAGAUCAAAGCAUGCCCUCGCUGUGGUGCCUACAUAAUGAAGACCAAUGAUGGCAGCUGUAACCGCAUGAACUGUACUGUGUGUGCUUGUCAGUUCUGCUGGCUGUGUAUGCAGGAGAUCACUGACGUGCACUACCUCAGUCCCUCAGGAUGUACAUUUUGGGGGAAGAAGCCAUGGUCCCAAACCCGUAAGGUACUGUGGCAGGUGGGCAUGUUGCUUGGAGCACCUGUAGUCAUCUCCCUUAUAGCGGGCAUUGCCAUCCCAGUCAUCAUUGUGGGUAUACCAAUCUACAUGGGUCGCAAGGUCCAUGGCCGUUGUAAGAAAAACAAUAUCUCAGGAAGUAAGCACUACUUGACUGUGGCAAGUGGGGUGAUGAUGUCAGUGUUUGUGUCGCCAGUCAUAGCAGCUGUCACUGUGGGUGUGGGUGUGCCGUUAAUGCUGACGUAUGUCUACGGGGUCGUUCCUAUGUCACUCUGUAGGAACGGCUGGUGUCGACCGCAGAGUGAGCCCCCUGAAACACAGAAAAUCCAGCUGGAGGACUUAGCCAGCUAUCUUCUAUUCUCUCAUGUAGUCAGUGAUCAUUGGACGGGUCAAAAGAACCCAACGCUCAGUGACACCAGCGUCCAGGAAGUGAGUGUCGGUGUACAAGAAGUUGCCGUCCUCCCUAGUACAAGCACCACACCACCGGAGCCAUAUAGAUAUGAAGGAUUGGAUGAAGCCACAAAACGCCAUGGAUACACCCAGCAGGACAGCCAGUCUGACUGCGAGGUGGUUAUUGUGCCUGACAGCAAGCUUGGGGAUGCACAAGCGCUUCUUUUGAAGGAAGGAACUAACAUUGAAGUUCGCGUGGAGAUUGAAACCCACCCCAGAGGUGCCCGCCAGUCCAGCCUAAGUAGCAUCCUGUCUAGCCGAAGCUUGUCAGUGGAGUCACUGAGACACUCGCAGUCCCAAGACUACCCAUGUGCCUCAGAACUGGAAGAAAGACAAGAAAGGGGAGGACAGGGAGAGGAGCGGGAGGGAAGAGAGAAACCAGGAGGAGAUGAAGUCUUUCCAGUAUUUGAAACAGUUGACGUAUGAGGUCCUUCACAGCAGCUUUUGUGCUUGGUUAAAGUUUUAGCAAAAUUUUAUGGAAAUGGACAAAUCCACGAGCUGAUGCGUGACUGGACCGAACUGAGAAUUGUUAGCCAAGGUGACCUCCUGCUUCCAAGAUGGACCCUCUCACCAGAUGCCUUCUAGCUCCACCCCCUAAGGAAGAUGCGGGUUCAGAGAGAGCAAAUGAAAAGGAUGAAUGUGUGUGUGUAUGAGCAUGAGAUGAUGAGAAAAACAAACUGGAGGGCUAUAAUGAGAGAUAGAAAACCAUGAUAGCUGGCUAAUUCAGAUAGUUUUUUUUUUCUGUUUUCUUUUUGAAAAAAUCCCCCAAGUAUAAAUCUUUUUCUUCAAAUCCUUUAUUUAUCCAGCUGUUCUCUUUUAGUGACCUCACCUUCUUCCUUCCUGACCCUUUACAAAUAAAGAGAUCACCACAAGCAUGAUUUGUUUUAUGUGGGGGUCCUGAGAAUCAAACAGCUGUUUUGUUAGUGAGUUGAUAUAAAAGAUUUCAAAAGCCAUGCUGCAAUACAGGGAAAUUUGUUUUCUAGCAGAGGUAAUAUGUCCACAGUUUUAAAAUAUGAUGCUCAUACAUGAAUCUGGUGGUUUUAAAUGGAUAAUGCAUGCUGCAGUUUUUCAUUCAACCUUUUGUUUUGUGGAAAAAGUCCAAUAGGAAAUGAAUCUGAAACUGUUUACAGUAUAGCUGGAGCUGCUGUUCUUGCUCUGUGACAAUGUGGCAGUGAUUGAGUUGAAGAGAUGGUUCAUAAAUACCAGGAAUUAUAACUGAACCACAGAUCCACAGUCUUCCACUGAAGAAGCUGGAGGUCAGUGACAUUUUUGCAUCAUUGUAGUGCAGCUUUAUGUCUUCAAGAGGAUAAACUGAAGACUUUAGUCUUAAAAAAAAACUUGCUCACUCUAAUGCAGGAGAAUAUGGCAGCAACACCACAGUCUUAACUUUUAAGAGCUGCAUGACUCUACAACUCCAUGUGUAUCCACAAUAACGCAUAAACAUGUGCAGAUUCAUACAUAAGCACUCACGUCAACACACACACAGUUGUAGGUGUGUGCUGCUGAGAGCAAAAGAAUAUUAACAAAAGACUCAAAUAAUCACAGAGCACCAAAUUACAACAGCAGCAUGUCACUGCAGGCUAAACUGUAAUAACCUCUUUUAGAUGAUUUGGGAGAAAUAUAGAACUAUACCACAGAAGCACUGCUUUGCUUCCUGAGUGUGAAAUAAUUGUGAGGUGAACUUGGACUUUACAUGAGUACUUGCUGAGUUGUGGAGAGAAACUGAAUAAAGAUUUCACCAUGAAGGAAAAA